UAACUGAACAUGUUCUGAAAAUUAUUCUAAAUUAUUGAGGCGUUUUAUUCAGUACUCCGAUAUAUCUAUAUAAACCACCGUCAGUAAAAUCAUAUAAUAACGUUUGAGUAGUUCAUAAAGUUGUGGUUUAAUUUUUACUUCGCAAUGUCUUGUCAAUUGAAUUACUUUAAUGGAAAGGGAAGAGGCGAGAUUAUACGAAUGGUGUUUGCUGCCGCUGGUAAGAGUAAAGAGUUUGAAGACAGAAGAAUAGAGUUUAAAGACUGGCCACAGGAAAAGACAAAGGCACCACUGGGGCAAUUACCAUAUAUAAAACUGAAUGACAAGGAGCAGACGACAGUUGGUCAAAGCAUUCCAAUAGCGAGAUAUUUCGCUAGAGAAUACAAAUUGUAUGGUUCCACCAACAAAGAAGGUCUUUUGAUAGACGAAAUAGUGGAAACCGCUUUCGAGCUGUUGAAUAAAGGGGCAGAGGCAAAAUUUGAAAAAGAUGAGACUAAAAUGAAGACAUUCACGGAAAAAACAGCUCCAGAAAAACUAAAACUGCUAGAACAAGAAGUAACAUUAAGAGGACAAGACGGCUUUGCUGUAGGCAAAUCACUGACGUUGGCAGACCUUCAAAUAUACGUAACUAUAGACGUUGCUGGACUUGACAAGAUGUUGUCAGAAUACCCAAAACUUAAAGCAAAUGUGGCCAAGACUGCAGAAAAUAAGGGUGUCAAAGAGUAUCUCAAAACCCGACCGGAAACAAGUUUUUGAGGCAGCACAGGCAGAAAUACAUCAUUUAUAUUUAUAUCAUAAUUUGAAAUCUUUUGUGUUCCUUUUACGUAAAUGGAUUGUUUCACAUUUUGAUUACAUUUUUGAUAUUAAAAGCUUGUGUUCCAGUACGUAAGUGUCAACUGAAAUAAAUAAUACACUUUAUACAAAGAGUAAAAAACAACAAGACUUCCUAUUUCUAAAGCCAGAGACUUAGACGCUUGGAACCAUUCAUAGUGCCAUAGUGCAGAGAACAUCACCUUGAUGGAUUUGUCUUACUUAAACAUUCUCUCAAAAUAACUUUAUUUUGAAAUUGCUGUUAUUGUUGAUGAUUUUAUUUUAGUGUCAUUUUCAUUUUCAACAUCAGCAUUAAUUUUAUUGUAAUGUAAAGUAAUGGUGUUGUUUAUAACUCCAUGAAUAUGAAUGUAAAUUAAAGUCUUUAUUUUAUAA